AUGACGGCGGUGUGGGCGGCGCAGAGGUCAGUUCCGGCGCCGUUUCUGAGCAAAACAUAUCAGCUAGUGGAUGAUCGGAACACAGACGACGUCGUUUCAUGGAACGAAGACGGAACAGCUUUCGUCGUCUGGAAGACAGCAGAGUUCGCGAAAGAUCUUCUUCCUCAAUACUUCAAGCAUAACAACUUCUCAAGCUUCAUUCGUCAGCUCAACACUUACGGAUUUCGGAAAACCGUACCGGACAAAUGGGAAUUCGCAAACGACAAUUUCCGGAGAGGACAAGAGGAUCUGCUGUCGGAGAUACGACGGCGUAAAUCGGUGAUCGCGGCGGCGGGGAAAUGCGUUGUUGCUGGUUCGCCGUCCGAGUCGAACAAUUCGGCGGGUGACGAUCACGGUUCGAGCUCCACGUCAUCACCCGGUUCAAAGAACCCGGGAUCAGUGGAAAAUAUGGUCGCCGAUUUGUCAGGAGAGAACGAGAAGCUGAAACGAGAGAACAGCAGUCUGAGCUCGGAGCUGGCGGCGGCGAAGAAGCAGCGCGAUGAGCUGGUGGCUUUCUUGACGGAGCAAUUGAAAGUCGAACCGGAUCAAAUCGAUCAAAUGAUCAAAGGAGGGAAAUUCAAGAUCAAACCGAUUGCUUCCAGAGAUUCCUCGACGGAGGAAGAGAGUGACUGUGAAGGCUGCGGCGCCGGAGAGGAGGAGGAGGGGGUAGGUGAAGGAUUGAAAUUGUUUGGGGUGUGGUUGAAAGGAGAGAGAAAGAAGAGGGGCCGGGAUGAGAAGAAUUUCGUGGUGGGUGGGUCCCAUAUGACGGAAAUAAAGAACGUGGACUUUCACGCGCCGUUGUGGAAGAGCAGCAAAGUCUGCAACUGA